GGGGGGCUCUGAAAUCCAUAUACGCCUCAGUGUUUUUGGGUGUGCGUGGAGUAUACUCCUACUAUCUCCUUUGCAAAUGGGCUCCAUCACCUAGCGCCCCCCCCCCCAAGCCAGGUCACCUGUGGUCUGAAACGGCUAGGAUUUUGCUGAGCUCAGCGUUAAGUCUUAAAGGGUUUACAACUUGCACAAGAACAAAGAAACAUGGCAGCAGUACCGCCAAGCGGCUGCCUUGUGGCAACCCACGACUGCUACCAAAGGCGUCUGUGUUCCACUUCUAGCAACAGCUCCUGUGGAAGUGCUGAAUAUGGGGAAGACAUCCCUCACCAUCCAGGUUUCCCCAAGUCUGACCCUGGGCACAGUAGGGUGCUCCACCAAGUAACCUCACUGCAGCAUCCUGCACCAACUGGAGCUUCCAAACCAACCUCAAAGGGAACUUUGCAUUGA